UAUCUAUCUAUCUAUCUAUCUAUCUAUCUAUCUAUCUAUCUAUCUAUCUAUCUAUCUAUCUAUCUAUCUAUCUAUCUAUCUAUCUAUCUAUCUAUCUAUCAUCUAUCUAUCUACAUGAUAAAUGUUUGUUUAUAUUGCCUUUUUAACUAUCACUUCGAAUGAUUAUUUAUCACUUACACGUAAGAAGUAGACAAACAAUAUAAAUGUGAAACAAAUAUGAAUCUUAUUAUUUUAUUGGUUUUUCAAACACUUUUAUUUUCUACGUACCUGUCAUAGCGUUUUCCUUGAGAGAAUACCUUUUUCAAACUUUCAAUUAUGUCCAAAGAGGUUUGCUUAUCCUUGUAUCCUAGUACAGUUUUUCUCAGUUUCUGUGUUGCAUUUCUCACAACAGAAUUGAUCUCUGCACCACUACUAAGGCUUUUCUUAAAACAAUUAGUUCAAACUGCAAAACAUGGUGGAUAACUUGCAAAAGUGAGUCACUCCAUCAAAAAGAAAAGUCAGUUGUUCAAAAUAAGUAGUCAGUGUUUCAAAAGCAAGUCCCUUAAUCAAAACAGAUAAUAUAUUCAUCAAAAGCAAGUACUUAUAUCUAUCAAAGUGUCAGAGCUGUCACAAUUACAAGUCAUUACACCAGCACCUUUGGUCACAAAAUCAAAUGGUGUGAACAUGUUCUCAUUGUGACGGAUUUCUUUGUAGGUGCUUCACAAUGACAUGUGAAGUCUAGACAGCAUGCAUGGCAUGUAGAAAACCACAAACUGUAAAGGAAAAUCAAGACACUUCAUAUGCACUCUUGAUAAUAUUUAAUUGAAACUGUUCACAGCGUUGUGCAACUGGGGAAAUACAGUAAAACAAACAUCUUACAGCAAACAUAAACUCACCUAGACAGCAAACCUUACUGCAGUAGUUAUGAAACAAACAAAAAAAAAACAACUGAACAGACACUGCUGCAUAUCAGUCACUGAUAUCUAGACGCUCCCGUCUGUCUGCCCACAUAUUUUCAUCAACAUCACAGGGAAUGUCAGCUCUAUCAAUGCAUCGGGGAAAGUAUAUUCUGGAGUGUCGAAUCCACCCUCUGCAGGACUCUGCUGUGAUGUCAUCACAAGCUGCAUCCAUAGCUGCUAGCAGGGACAUUUGGGUAUGUGGAUGCCUGUCAUAUACCUUCCACCUCCAGGAAGAAAAAAAACUCCUCAACUGGAUUUAGGAAUGGAGUGUAAGGAGGAAGAAACUCCAUAAGCAUCCUGUCGUGUGCUGCAACUGCUGCCUGACUACAGCAGAGUGAUGGAAGCUAACAUUAUCCCAAACCACUACACACAUUGUCCGAUUGUCACCAGGACACACACCAGUUUUCAUUAGUGUGAGAUAAGGUUCAUCUGAGAAAAUUAAUUUAUGGAGAUUUCCAUGGAAACUCCUUAAAAAUGAGGUUUUCAAAAUGGGAGUACACGUUGUUUGACAAGAUGUUCAACAAUUUUGAGUGCAAUGACACAAGCAAUGAAAUGAAGACUAUUAGUUGUAAGGACAAUGACUAUUCAACCGGUACAAGUAUAAAUAAUUGUGACAUUCAUGAUAAAAGCAAGGAGAUAGUGAUGAUUAGCAAGUCAAAAGUGAUCAUUCUUUAGACAUUUGUGUUUGCCUUUGGACAAAAUGAACAUGAAACCGCCACUAGGUUGUGCAAAACGACUACAUGUUGUGGAGGUUGAACUAACUGUUAUGCAAAGUUUAAUUCUGUUGUGAGAAAUGCACCAAAGCAACAGAGAAAAACUGUAAAUCAGUUUUGAAAUUUGGGGUUAGGACAUUUUAUUUACUAGUCACUUACCAAGUCAACAACACAACACAAAACUGUUUUUUUGAAAUCAUCAGUUGACAGUGGGUUUUGUUAUAUUUUAAACUGGUCUGCAAAACAUCGGUUUUCAUUAAUUUUGUAUUUAAAUACUAAGAGUUGCUAUUUGAUUCACCAAUGAAAAUAAAAUUUCUUCAUGAUUUUACAUUCUACUACAAUGCAUUUUAUCUUAUGUACACCAAUGAAGAAAUGUCUUCAGUUUUUAUAUCCUUCUUUACAAUGUUACAAAACAUAAUUAAUAAGAAGUAAAAAAAGUCAUCAAAUGAUAGUGAAACAAUCUUAAGGUAUGAAUAAAAAUUUAAAAAUCGUUAAAAAAUGCAAGCUUGUCUUAAGUGGCAGAUCAAAUAAACCCCAUUAAAAAUCCACCAAAUGAAAAAAUAAAUUAAAUCUAAGUUUUCUUAGCUGACUUUAAAAAUGUGUGUUUUAACUUCUGUGUUUAAGUCUAUCAAUUUUUUCCACGAUUACUGUAUAUCUUGUCUUGUGUGAAUAAAUGCUUACAAGGGCACGGCGGCGCUGUUUAAUAGUAGAAGUCCAGCCUCCGAUCGCAGCGACCGUGUUGUAAAAUCAGAGCCCGAGACCAACCCGGACAGCUCCGUGGUGCUGAAACUGCGCUCUGGAACUAGCGGCUGUUUUUUUCAACACUUUCUAAGGAUUUUAAGCGUUUAGAAAACGGGUUUUGUCCAUUUCAGUUCACGGAUAAUUAAAUAUUCGAAAGAGCCUUUUGUUUAUCAUCUGAAGGGCUGCGAUUUGGGGUUUGACAAUGACUUCCGUUUUAACAAAGCGGUCUGAUCAAAGGUACGUGCUGCUCGUUAUUUUUUGUGCUUUCAUUCAAAACGUAUCAGCUUCAGUGACACAUUACUCCAUACCCGAGGAGAUGAAAGAGGGAUCAGUCGUGGCUAACCUCGCUACUGACCUCGGUCUGGACGUCACAACACUGACAAAGAGAAAACUGCGCCUCGAUAUCAUCGCUAACAAGAAAUAUCUGGAUGUGAACAAAGAGACUGGGGAGCUGUUUAUUGUUGAGAAGAUCGACAGAGAACACAUUUGCCCCACAAAAUCAUCAGGCUCAUGCUAUCUCAGGCUUGAGGUCGCACUGGAAAGUCCUCUGAGAAUUUUUAAUAUUGAAGUAGAGAUUCUAGACAUAAAUGACAACGCCCCGCAAUUUAGGCGAGACGCCAUCCAUUUAGACAUCUCUGAGGCAACCCCAAAAGGGGAGAGGUUUUCUCUCAGUAAUGCUGUUGAUCCUGAUGUCGGAUUGAAUUCAGUUAAAACGUAUCACCUCAGUGAAAGUGAAUAUUUUAAUAUUGAAGUUCAGUCUGGCAGAGAAGGCACGAAAUUUGCAGAUUUGAUCCUUAAAAAGACGCUAGACCGGGAACAGCAGUCCGUUCAAAAUUUAAUUCUAACAGCGGUAGAUGGAGGAACACCUGCUCGUUCUGGCACAGCCAGUGUUAUUGUUCACGUGCUUGAUACUAAUGAUAAUGCUCCUGCAUUCGAUAAUUCUGUUUAUGACGUUAAAAUCCUGGAGAAUUCACCAAUAGGAAGCCUUGUUAUUGAUCUGAGUGCCACAGAUUUAGAUGAAGGAUCCAACUCUGACGUCACAUAUUCAUAUAGUUUAUAUACAUCAGAGAAAACACAUGAGACGUUUAAUCUGAAUCCAACCUCAGGAGAAAUUACUGUUAAAGGAAUGUUGAACUAUGAGGAUUUCAGGAUUUAUGACAUGGAGGUGAUAGCAACAGACAAAGGAGCCACCAGCUUAUCAGGACAAUGUACCAUCAAGAUUCUAGUAGAAGACAUGAAUGACAACCACCCGGAGAUUUCUAUUAAAUCCUUCCAGAGUCCAGUGAGUGAAAACAUCAAGUUAGACACGGUGAUAGCUGUAGUUAGUGUGAGUGAUAAAGACUCAGGGGACAAUGGACUGGUUGAUCUUCAUAUUCCAGACAACAUGCCUUUCAAACUGAGGGAGUCCUCUGAUAAUUAUUAUGAGUUAGUGGUGUCAGAGCCAUUAGACCGAGAGAAGGUCCCAGAGUAUGACAUCACUUUCACUGUGACAGACAGAGGUUCUCCUCCUUUAUCUGACAAUGAAACAAUGACUUUAGAGCUGCUGGAUGUUAAUGACAAUGUUCCCCAGUUCCCCCAGUCUUUUUAUACCAUACGUGUGAUGGAGAAUAACGCUCCCGGGGCCUUGCUCAGCUCCCUCACUGCCUUUGAUCCUGACCUCCAUGAGAACCAGUAUCUAGUGUAUUUCAUCCUGGAGAAGGAGAUCGCCAACACCUCCAUGUCCAUGUUGUUCUCCAUCAACCCAGAGAACGGGAACCUUUAUGCACUGAAGACCUUUGACUAUGAGAUAGAGAAGGACUUUGUUUUCCACAUCGAGGCCAGAGACUCUGGUUCUCCUCCUCUCAGCAGUAACGUGACCGUCCACAUCAUUAUUGUGGACCAGAAUGACAACGCUCCAUCUAUCGUGUCUCCAUGGUGUGAGCGUGGCUCGGUGGUGGAGGAGAAGAUCCCCAGAUCCACUGACAAAGGCUCUCUGGUUGCCAAGGUGAUAGCCUUGGACAAGGACUCUGUGCACAACUCUCGGAUCACCUACCAGUUCCUGCAGCUGGCUGACGCCUCCUUGUUCAGUCUGGACCAGUACAACGGAGAGAUCCGGACCAUGAGGAUGUUCAGUUACAAAGACCCGCGCCACCACAGGCUGGUUGUUGCUGCCAAGGACAACGGGGAGCCCGCUCUGUCUGCUACAGUCACCAUCAAGCUGCUGACAGUGGAGACUGCUGUGAAGGCCUACUCUGACAUGACUGAGAUGUCUCUGGAAUACGACAUCUUCUCAGACAUCAACCUGUACUUGGUGAUCGGUCUGGGCUCGGUGUCCUUCCUGCUGCUGAUCACCAUACUGGUGACCAUCGUGCUGAAGUGUCAGAAGGUGAAACCCAGCAAAUCAGCUCCUCCCAGCAGGAACAGCGUGAUCAGUGAGAGGAACUCCACCAUCGCAGACUCCACUCUGGUGUCCAACGAUGCCUACUGGUACAGUCUGUUUCUAGCAGAGACCAGGAAAGGAAAGCUGGUGGUCAGACAGCCUGUGCCAAAGGGCUCCAGAUACAUCGUGUCCAGCAUCCCCAGAGGGACAGGACUGUCAGAGACCAGCGACUCAGCAGCUUCCACUCUGCAGGUAGGACUUUGGUCAAGCACCUUUAACCAUUUCCUUUGCAAUUUCAAACCCAUUUCAUUUGACGUUUACAUUUUUACCAGUUGUGUGAUAAAACUGUCUGGGGUUAUCUUCAGAUAAGUAGUUCAAAUGUAUUUUUACACAUGCACAAUUUUAUUUUCUGUUCUUAUUAAGGUUGUAUGUGGUUAUAUCAUCAUAUUUUGUACGUUUUUGGAAAAAAGCAAAUCAAACAAAAGCAAGAAAAAAUGAAAACGUCACUGAAAAACAUUAUUGAAAUAAAUAAUUAUCAACAUCUUCCAAUCUUUUUUGUUUCAUUUUCAUACUUUUAAUGUUUUUGUUUGUAAUCAUAAUUCCAAGCGAUUGAGGGAAAACAUAGUUAGACAAACACCUGCAUCAAUAAACACCUGGAAAUAAACUACGGACUGAAAUUUUCAGUUUUGAUCAUUUAUAGAAGUGAAAUCACUUUACAAUAAAUAUUAUAACAUCAGUAGUAAAGCGUUUUCAAAACUAUUAGCGAAUGCAUGAUUUAGUCCGUAAAACCAAACCGAGUCAUUACAUGG